CGCGAUCUGGGAGACUGGGAAAUCCGCAGUUUUGCCAACAGCGCCAUUCAAGCGUGUUAUAAGUACGUGACAAGUAAUUGUUGAGAGUUAGUGACCUUGUAUAGGAAGGUACUCGAUAUAAGUUCUCUCAAGUGACUCCUUCCAAAACCGUUUUCGCACAAAACGGAUUACUCUACACUACUUGAGCAAGCACGAUGAGUGAGGUUGACUCGUAUGCCAGGGAACCCACACGAAGGCAUGACAUGACCGUCAACGCACCUCAACCGUACAAUGCUGAGCCACCUGUUGAAAUUAUUCGCAGCCAUUAUGUCACACCAACAGAUUACUUCUAUGUUCGGAACCAUGCACCAGUACCUGAUAUCAACCCACACAAGUACAAAUUUGUAGUUGAUGGAAUGGUGGCUAAACCGAGGGAAGUGUCCCUGCACGAGCUCAAGGCAAAGUAUACCCAUCAUACAGUUAUGUGUACUCUCAUGUGUGCUGGGAACAGACGAACAGAGAUGUCUAACCUAAAAACGGUGAAGGGAGUAGGCUGGGGCAAUGCUGCUCUGAGCAAUGCCAUCUGGAAAGGGGUACGCCUCUGUGAUGUACUGGAGGAUGUUGGAGCUGAAAUGGAUAAUCCACAUUUGCAUGUUGACUUCUAUGGCGGUGAUCCAUGUGUUGAGGAGAAUUAUAAGAAAGGUUAUGGUUCAUCGAUACCUAUGAGCAAAGCUGCAGAUCCCCAGGGGGAUGUGAUUCUUGCUUUUGAGAUGAAUGGAGAGCCGCUACCUCGUGACCAUGGCUUUCCAGUGAGGGUGAUAGUACCUGGCUACAUUGGUGCACGGAGUGUCAAGUGGCUAAAGUCGAUUACAGUCAAAAGUGAUGAAUCGGAAAGCUUCUUCCAGAGAAGAGAUUACAAAGUGUUUUUGCCAUCGGUUAACUGGGAUAAUGUUAAUGAUUGGUGGGACAGAACACCUUCACUGGCAGGAUUGUCAGUGCAGGCUGCUAUUACAAACCCAAAGCUUUCUGAAGCUAUCGCCACUGGAUCUUCAUACACAGUCAGCGGGUAUGCCCUGUCGGGUGGAAAUAGAAUUGUGAGAGUCGAUAUAUCGCUGGAUGGAGGUAAAUCCUGGCAGACUGCUCGUAUCUUUCCUGGUGAAGAAAAGGGACAUGACAACCGUUACUGGGCCUGGGCUUUCUGGGAUUUCCAUGUUGACCAAUUCCCUUCACCAUGUGAAAUUGUCUGUAAAGCAUUGGACAUUGGUAACAACGGCAUGCCUGAUGAUCUGGCACAGAUUUGGAACCUUCGUGGAGUUAUGAAUAACUCAUGGCACCAUGUGAGUGUGCCUGCCAAAUCCAAGUACUGAUCAUCUCGACAAAUGCAACAGGCCAGACAGGUGCUUGUGAGAGUGCAGGCAAACAGUGCUAAGCAGGGGCCCGUUGUCAGAAACAAAAUUAGUCUUAACAUUAGUCUUAACAAUUUUCCUAGACCGUCGACAUCACUU